AUGGACUUUAGCAAUAAAAUUCAAGCUUACAAAGAUACCGGAAUUCAAAAACCAAGACAACGUGGUAUUGAAGAACCAUGGGAGUGGGAAAUUAAAUCAGACACUUCCUUUAAGCUUCAAAUACCAGAUAAAAAAUUCUCAUACCCACAAAACACUACUUUCUCUGUUCCUCAUAAAAGUGUGUGUGUUACAGAAAGAAGCAAAAUAAGCUACCAAAUCAAUAGUCCAGAUACUGAUUAUCAAGUCAAGAAAGCCAAUUAUAAACAACGCGGAGCAUAUCCAUAUAAAUAUACUGCAGACGGAGAUUGUAUCUAUAAAGCCGAAAAUGCAUUACCAAAAAUUGAGCCUGUUCCUUUAUAUCAUGACAUAACGAUCCAAACUUUUCCUCCGUAUAUCCAAGAGGUCUCUAGUAAAAUACUUAUUGAUGAUAAUCGUGAAACACCAUACACUCAAAGAAAAAUUCAUACAAUAGUCGAUCCUUUUGAAAUUAGCCUGUUUCCAGAAGAAUCACAUGCAAAAAUUGAAGAAAUAGCCUCAGAUGAAGAGCAAAAAAUAGCUAUAAAUGAAGAACAAAAAAUAGCCACAAAUGAACAAAGAAAGGCAGCCGAUUUUGAAGGAAAUUCUUAUAAAAUAGUCCAGCCAAAAAGAAUCAUAGAAAAUGCUUCUAAAGGUUCAGAUACACUGUUCAAUAUUACGACCUAUAAGACCUCAAAAUGUAGCUUAGGCUCAGACUGCACAGGAAGUUGCAAUGAUUAUCAUUUUGAAGGCGAAAGAAGGCGCGCUCCAUCAGAUUUUUUCUAUAUCCCUGAGCUCUGUGAAAAUAUCCCGAACUGUAAAAGUGGCAACUCUUGCACAAAAUCACACAAUGCUAUUGAGAUUAUUUAUCACCCUCAGAUGUACUUGUCUCAUUUCUGUCCAUAUUCAUCCACGUCAAUAAAAUGUGUAUUAGGGAAAGCUUGCAAUUUCAAGCAUCUUGAGAAAAAAUUAAAAUCAAAAUGUCCUCAAGAAUUCUUAGGCAAAAUUUUUUCAGAAUUUGAUGAAGAGAAUGAAAACUUAGAAAAUAUAAAUCAGGAUGCUAAUGGAAACGCAGAAGGUGAUUUGAUAAAAGGCAAAACUAGCUCUCCUUCUGAAAGUAAAUAAGAUAUAUGAAAAACCUUUAUAUUUAAAUUAAUAUGCACGCUCUCUUAUAAAAAGCAAAAAGAUUAUUUAAUUAUAUUUUAUUUUUUAUAAAAUCUAAUAUUAGUUAGUUAGUUUAAGCUGGGUGUUUAUAGUCCCUACUUCGUGGACUGCAUGCCGCGGUUUUACCCGCAGGGUGGCAGAGCGUACCCACAGCAAGCCCGGGCCGAAACCCCGGUUUCUCGGUAGAGGUGAGGUCAAGGGACAGAACACUGUCUUAGCUGACCGCCUCCAUUUCCAACUCGCUGUGUCGCAAAAGUUGACGCCAACACUGCCCUUUCCAUCCGCCAGAUCGCCCCUUUUGAUCGGGACCCUUUUUAACUGGAGAGACUUGUGCCCUUGAGAAUUUAAGUCGAGCCUCGCCUUCCCCUUUUUCCCGGAUCAUCUCCAAGAAAAAACUCAACCCCUUGCGGGAUUCGGGGCGAAGCCACCAAGUAGCUUAGGCAGGUAAUCCCUCUGCCUCUUUCGGACACCGAGUCUGGGCCUCGGCGCUACUGGCAAAAAAGAUGCGAAAACUGCUGCCCGAGUCAGGCCACAAAAUCAGCGGAAAUUGUAAAGGCCUCUCGCCUCGAGGCCAGCCCUUCCUUUGAGUAGCUCUUCGCACCCAAAAACCACGUCCGGUAUAAAUAAGGUCACCCGCCACGGAAGGACGGGUCGCUCGUCUCCGGCCAUUUUAUGUAUAUUGAAAUCUAAUAUUAAAAAUUCUAAAGUAAACUUUUUUAAAAUUAGCCCAAAAAAUUGGCAGUGGAUAUUAUUUAUUGUCAAAAGUAAGGAACAUCCAAUGGAUGGGAAGAGGGCUUUUGAGGAUGAGUGAUAUUCUGCAUAA